AUGAAUAUUAGUUAUGUAAUUUCAAAUCAUAAUCAUUUAUUAAAACAACCAUUGAUUAUUACUAUAACAUUAUAUGAUUAUUUAUGUAAAUAUUUUCUUAUAUGGUAUUUACCUAUAGUAAUAACAUUAGGUUUUUUUGGAUCAAUAUUUUGUUUAUUAUUUUUAUUCUAUUGUAAAAUCUUUUCAUCAAAUUUAUUAAUAUGGUUAAUAAGUAUAUGUAUUGGUGAUUUUUUAAUAAUAAUUACUGAAGGUAUAUGGAUGUUAUUAAAAAUAUGGUAUAAAUUAGAUAUUAGAGAUUAUAAUAAUUGGUUAUGUAUAAUACAUAUAAGUUUAUCAAAUUAUUUAUUUUAUUGGUCAGCCUAUAUGCAAUGUAUAUUAUCAAUACAACGUUGUUAUCUUAUAUUAUAUCCAUUUAAAAUUAAAUCAAAAUGGAUUUUAUUAAAUAAAUUAUUGAUUUAUCAAUUUAUAAUAUCAAUUUUAUUAAUUAUACCAAUAUUACCAUAUCCAUUAUAUUGGCAAAUUAUUAAUAAUGAUUGUGAUCCAAUUAAUGAAAAAAUAUAUCGUUUAAUAACAUUAUGUGAUUUAAUAUUAUGGGGAUUAAUACCAGUAUUUAUUAUGACUACAUGUACAGGAAUAAUAUGUCGUCAUUUAUUAAUAAGAAAUAAAUUUACAAAUAAAAUGAUACAAUCUAAAAUGAAAAUAAAUCAACCGAAUAAUAACUAUUAUUAUUCAUCUUAUACAAUGAGAAAUAUCAAUGAUUUAUGUAAAAUUCAUGAUCCAAAAGAUACUGAACUACAUAAAGAUCAUCAGAAGAAAUCAUAUUGUACAGAAAGUAUAAUAUUAAAUCAACAAAAUAUAUUGACUAUUAAUAAUCAUAUCAUCCAUUCAAUGAAUGAUAUUCAUACAACAAAUGAAUUAAAUAAACGUAAAUAUAUUACACAAGAUAGUCAUACACAUGUAACACCAUUAUUAUUAUGUAUGAAUUUUGUUUAUAUGGCUAGUGUAUAUCCAUUACUUAUUUAUUUUUUAUAUUUAAAUUUCAUUGUAAAUAAUAUUGAUAAUAAUAUGCAUAAAUUUUUAUACUACUUAUUUCGUAGUUUAUGCUUAUUAAGUACAUGUACUAAUUGGAUAUUUUAUUGUGUUGCUGGUAAAAAAUUUCGUGAUCAUACAAAACAAUUAUUAUUAUCAUUAUGUAAUUCUAAUAAAAUUUCAUCAAUUAUUAAUGAAAAUGGUUUCUUAAUUAUUAAAUAUACUGAUAAGCAUAGAUGUUCCGUUUCAAAUAUAACAAGAACUAAAGGAUUAUCAUCAUCAUCGGAUAAUUAA